GUCGGGGAACGCGGAGGGAGAGCAGCGGCUGCGGGCGGCGGGGGAAGGGGAGCAGGAAAGCAACGGGUGGCGGUGGCGAGCGGCUCGGCUCGGUAUCGCUGCUGCCACCGCGGUGCGUGUUUCCAUGUUGUUUGGUGCAUGAUUUAGAGGAGAGGAGGAGUUGGCAGCGGCGGGUGUCAGCGGUAGGGAGCGGAGAUCCGCGCCAUCAGCGGCCCUACCUCUUUCUCCUCGCCGCUGUGUAGUACCGAGGCAGCUGCCUGCCGCUUGCCCUGCGGCGCCGGGCGGGACUCCCGAGCGAAGAGCGCCUGUGCCCCCAGGGCCGGUGCGGCGGCGGGGUGCGUGUGUGAGAGUGUGCGUGCGAUUUUAGGGGGGUGGGGGUUGUGUCUGAACCAGUUAGGAAGAAUGACUCUGGAGUCCAUCAUGGCGUGCUGCCUGAGUGAGGAAGCCAAGGAAGCCCGGCGGAUCAACGACGAGAUCGAGCGGCAGCUGCGUCGGGACAAGCGGGACGCCCGCCGGGAGCUGAAGCUGCUGCUGCUGGGGACAGGAGAGAGUGGCAAAAGCACAUUUAUCAAGCAGAUGAGAAUCAUUCAUGGAUCAGGUUACUCUGAUGAAGACAAAAGAGGCUUUACGAAACUGGUGUACCAGAAUAUAUUUACAGCAAUGCAGGCCAUGAUCAGAGCCAUGGAUACUCUCAAAAUCCCAUACAAGCAUGAACAUAACAAGGCUCAUGCACAGUUAGUUCGAGAAGUCGAUGUAGAGAAGGUGUCAACUUUUGAGAAUCCUUAUGUAGAUGCAAUAAGAAGCUUAUGGAGUGACCCUGGAAUUCAGGAGUGUUAUGAUAGACGACGGGAGUAUCAGUUGUCAGAUUCAACUAAAUACUAUCUUAAUGACUUGGAUCGCAUAGCAGAUUCCACCUACCUGCCAACUCAGCAAGAUGUGCUCAGAGUUCGAGUCCCAACAACAGGGAUCAUUGAAUAUCCAUUCGACUUACAAAGUGUCAUUUUCAGAAUGGUGGAUGUAGGAGGCCAACGAUCAGAAAGAAGAAAAUGGAUACAUUGCUUCGAAAACGUCACAUCUAUCAUGUUCCUAGUAGCUCUUAGUGAAUAUGACCAAGUGCUUGUGGAGUCAGAUAAUGAGAAUCGAAUGGAAGAAAGCAAAGCACUCUUUAGGACAAUUAUCACAUAUCCAUGGUUCCAGAACUCUUCAGUCAUUCUGUUCUUAAAUAAAAAAGAUCUCUUAGAGGAGAAAAUUAUGUAUUCCCACCUAGUUGAUUAUUUUCCAGAGUAUGAUGGACCACAACGGGAUGCACAAGCGGCACGAGAGUUCAUCCUGAAGAUGUUUGUAGACCUGAACCCAGACAGUGACAAAAUUAUAUACUCCCACUUCACAUGCGCUACAGACACAGAGAAUAUCCGCUUCGUCUUUGCUGCUGUCAAGGACACAAUCCUACAGUUAAACCUGAAGGAGUACAAUCUGGUCUAACUGUGUCUAGGAGGCCCUCCGAAACGACGUUUGUGUGAUUGAAGAUAUACAAGAGGGACUGUAUUAUCUGUGAAAACAAUUUGCAUAAUACUAAUUUAUUGCUGGCCUGGACUCUGUGAAUGUCCACAGAGUUUGUAGUUAAUAUUAUGAUUUUAAUUUAAACUAUAUGGAGGAAAAACAAAAGAUGCUGAAGUACAUUCACGGCACAUUCCUCAUUUUUUAGGCAAAACCUUGUGACUCAAUGUGUUUUAAAUUCUCAGUCAUACAUUAUAAAGAAUAGCAGGUUUUGCUAAUGAUGCAAAAUCAAGCUGGUUUCCUCUUUCCCUGACCCUUUCUCUCUCCCUCUUUCCUCUCCCUCUUAUCUUUUACAAGGUACAGUGGCCUUUUUUUUUUCCCUGCAUUCCUAGGUGGAAUAUUUUCUGUUGAAUUAUUUGGUCAGGAAAAUACUAUCAUAUGAAUUGAAAUCAUCAGUCAUUCUAAUUUUAUAGUAUGUACUUUAUCUGAAGGAUCAAAAGUACUGAUACUGUGAUUUUUAAAUUCUUGACAGGGGUGUCUUAAUUCUGUCUUCAGUUUUGGGACUAGAAUAUUUGAAUUGCAAAAUAGGAUUACAGUUAUCUAAGAUACUAAAUUUAACCAUAUUUUCACAGUUCAGAAAGAUGCAUAGGAGACAGUAAUGACAUAAUUAAGACACACCUGGGAUGUAUAUGUGUAGUAUGUUAGAAUCUUUUUGUUUGCCAUGUGCCAUUUCUUUUUCUUCUUUGAUUCACAAAUGCCAAAUAGAAAUGUCAUAGACACUACAUCUUCCCCAGUGGCUACAGCCUGAAACAGUGGGGUGAUUUGUUGGGGUUUUUUUUUCAGUUGUGUGGGGUUUUUUUCUUAAGUUAGAACUUUUUUAAGUGUUCUUUUUCCACAAUAGAAAAAUUACUUUUAUUGUUUAAUGUUGCCAAAUCUGGCUUUUUAUAAAAACAAUACUCUUGAAACAUAAGAUACAGAUUGAAAUGCCAAACUGAUGGGUUGGGAACUGACCUGAUUGAGUCAACUGCCAAAUGAUAAACAAACAUAGUUUCAGCUCUCAUGUUCCCUCUUUUAGAAGUUGUUCUAUUUUCUAAUGCCAAAACCAAAAGUGUGAGUGAAUAUGCUACAAGGUGCACCAUGCACAUCCGUGUGGUCUACUAAUUUAAAGACAGUUUAAAUCCUUAUGUCAGGUAUGACAUGAGAUUGUUUUAUUUAAUAAUAUCAAGGCACCUUUAGCUGUAUAACAAGAAAUCACUGAUGAGAAAUCACAUUCAGGAUCCUUUCUUGAUAAGGUUGCAUGUUAACUAACUGAUUUGCAGACAUUUGAUGGGCUUUCAUGCAAAAUAGCCUCUCUCAACAUUCUUUAGAAAAGAUUUAUUAACGUAAAUGAAACAAAAUCAGUCUUGAAAUUUAAAUGUGCAAUUUUCUUAACAACAAAAAGUGCAGCACACAGUGAGUGAUGAUCCUUUAUUCUGCAGCUUAGAUUGAAAGGUGUUUUUUGACCAGGUGCGCACGAUUGCUAGCAAGCAAUAGAAAACUCGAAGCUCAGACAUAUAAUUGGGUUGAUUAUCUGCUAUGACAAGUAGCACUAGAGUGCACUUAACACAGAAGUUGCUGCCUCAUAGCAGCAGAUGGGAGGUGGAAAAAAGAAUGGCUUAUUAAUCAAUCACCGAAGUUGAACAAUAAAUACUAAUGAGACCUUUUUUAAUCCUUAAUCCUCCCAAAUCUAAACCAACAAUAAUAAGAACAGUUGUUAUUUUUUGCUCCCUCUUAAAACACCUUGUAAUUUAAAACUGGUUGUAGGUAUAGUGCAAUUAUGAAUGCUAUAAUCAUUGUACAUACAUCUAUAUAUAUAUAUGGUGGCAUCCAUAUUGGCUUUGUAAUCAUUAAUUUUCGGCAAAUUGAAUGUGCUGUAUUGAUAUGUAUCUAUGUAAUUGUAUGUCUUAUAGCUAAUUCACAUUUUAAAUAAUGUUAUUUUAUUUACUUUUUUAAGAGAGAAGAAUGUAAAUUUUGUCAGUUUAUUUCUGACUAGGGAUUUGUUGUUGUUUUUUAUUUACAAAAAAAAAACUAUAGUAGAGAGCGGUACUAGCAUCGUGCUGUAUAAAAUCAUUUGCACAUUCCUGAGUAGAACUAAAUUGAAGACACCAAGUCA